AUGUCCCUGAGCUUUCUGAAAUCUACAAGCUCCUUGAUCAAGACCAUAGCCAGCGUACUCUCAAUCCGAUUCAGAACGCUGGAGCUUUUUAGGUGGCCGUCUCGGAUUCACCUCAACCUUACUUCAUCUUAUGGAAAGCCAAAUCCUAAUUGUCCUAUUUGUUCUCAAUGUGGUUACAAUGGUCACACUGUUGAGACUUGUUACAAAAUUCAUGGUUAUCCGAUUGGCUUCAAGCAUAAAGGGAAACAACAACCUGAGAAGUCUACUCACGCUGCUCCAAAAUCUCAAUCCUCUACUAAGCCGGUAGUUGCUCAGCUGCAAAAUUCUCAACCUCAAAACUCUGUGGCUUCAUCAUCAUUCACUGGUGGUACCAUUACUGCUCUUCCUGGUAUGGCUUUCUCCACCUCUAUGCUGUGUUUUGUUGGAAUUUUGAAAGCUACUGGGAAUGCUUUAUCCUCUCAGUCUUGGAUUAUAGACAGUGGUGCCACUCAUCAUGUUUGCCAUGAUAAGGAGCUGUUUAUUGAACUUUCAGACUCUGUGAAUAGAUCAAUGACCUUACCUACUGGUAUAGGUGUGAACAUUGCAGGCAUUGGCACGAUUAAGUUGAAUACAUCUUUGGUUUUACACAACGUUCUCUAUAUCCCGUAUUUUAGCCUAAACCUUCUCAGUAUCAGUCAACUGACGAAGGAUCUGGGAUAUCGAGUUGUUUUUGACAAAGAUUCUUGUAUAAUACAUGAUCAUGCAAAGGGGCUGAUGAUUGGUCAGGGUGAUGAGAUUGCAAAUCACUACGUUCUGGAUGCUGCUUCUCUUCCAGACGUUUCUUCUUCUAAGUAUCUAUGUUCUAAUGUUGUCGUUGAUUCAUCUAUGUGGCACAAUGGACUAGGUCAUCCUGCUGUAUCUAAAACCGACUUAAUGGCGGAUGUACUUGGUGUUACACAAAGGAAUAAAGAUUUUCAUUGUACCAUUUGCCCUCUUGCCAAGCAGAAACAUCUUCCUUUCAAUUCAAAGAAUAAUAUGUGUGAAGCUGCUUUUGACCUUCUGCAUAUUGAUACUUGGGGUCCCUUUUCGGUUGCUACUGCUGAAGGAUACAAAUAUUUUCUCACAAUUGUAGAUGAUCACACUCGCGUAACAUGGAUCUACUUGAUGAGAGCUAAAGACGAGGUUCUUACUGUUUUCCCUGAGUUCUUGCAGAUGGUGGAAACGCAGUAUAAGACAGUAGUCAAGGGUGUCAGGUCAGACAACGCUUCUGAAUUAAAAUUCACUGCUUUGUUUAAGCAGAAAGGGAUCGUUUCUUAUCACUCAUGCCCUGAAACACCGGAGAAAAAUUCUGUUGUCGAGAGGAAGCACUAA